ACUACAGCAAUCGAAAUAUACGGCCCUGGAAGACACUCCUUCUUUCAGCUGGGAACUUAUAAAUGUCAAGGAAUUUCUAAGCAAGUUGAGAGGAACCCAGCACGAUGGGGAUCUCCACGAUCAUCCUUGAAAUAUGUCUUUUGUGGGGUCAAGUUCUCUCUGCAGGUGUUACUGAAUCAGAUGUUCUCAUAUCUGGUUCAGAGGCCCCACACUCUACAGGCUUUGCUCUCUGCCGUGUUGAUGCAGGUUUGCCCCUGAGGCUGGUGAAUGGCAGUGACUGGUGCCAGGGCCGAGUGGAGGUCCUGUACCAAGGCUACUGGGGCACCGUGUGUGAUGACAGCUGGAACACCCAGGAUGCAGAUGUCGUUUGUCGGCAGCUCGGCUGUGGCCAUUCUGUGUCGGCCCCAGGCGGGGCUCAGUUUGGUCAGGGAUCGGGGAACAUUCUCUUGGGUGCAGUGUACUGCUCAGGAUGGGAGCCCGACCUGUCGAGCUGCCGCCACGAUGGCUGGUACAACCAUGAUUGUGGCCACAAGGAAGACGCUGGAGUCGUGUGCUCAGUCAGUAGAUUGGCCCUGAUGAACAGCAGCACGACCUUCCCUGACCCAAGGGACAGCUUCUCCUUUUUAAAGGGGAUGCUGUGGAGGUCUUGCUGCCCAUACUCCUUUCCCUGUGGUCCUAACCCAUCGAUGCUGACUCUUGGCCAGAUUGGGGUGCUGCAUCUCAAGAGGCUUAAGUCGCCAGUCUGCUGGCACAGCAUCCUUGCUCAUUCCUUUUCCCUGAACCCAUGUCAAGCUACCUUGGAAAUCAAGACACCUCAGUCUGUGGGCAUCAGAAGUCUUCUACUUCCCCCUGAGGACCGAGUAGAGGUGUACCAGGGUUCCUGGGGCACCGUGUGUGAUGACAGCUGGCCAGUGUGGCCAAUGUGGUCUGCAGGCACACUGCUCACACUGGCCACAGGAAAUGCCUGGUUUGGGCAGGGCUCAGAGCUGAUUGUCCUGGAUGAUGUGGCCUGCUGAAGUGAAUCCCACCUGUGGAGCUGCCCCCACAGAGGAUGGCUCUCCCAUAACUGUGGACACUGUGAGAAUGCUGGAGUUGUCUGCUCAGGCGGGCCCCUAAGAACCUCCCCUUCAACAGACAGAUGGUGCCUAAACAUUGUGUGGUUUUCAGGAACAGAUUCUGGUUUGUCCCUGAGGCUGGUGAACGGAGGGCACCGCUGUCAGGGUCGCGUGGAGGUCCUGUACCAGGGCUCCUGGGGCACCGUGUGUGAUGACAGCUGGGACACCAACGAUGCCAACGUGGUGUGCAGACAGCUGGGCUGUGGCUGGGCCAGGUCUGCUCCAGGAAAUGCCCGGUUUGGUCAGGGUUCAGGACCAAUUGUCCUAGACGACGUGGCCUGCUCAGGUCAUGAGUCCUACCUGUGGAACUGUCCCCACCGUGGCUGGCUCUCCCACAACUGUGGACACCAUGAGGAUGCAGCAGUCAUCUGCUCAGAUGCUAACCCUCCAUCCACAACCAUAACGGAUGUAUGGCCUAUCCGCACCACACCUACUCCAGGAGGAAACGCUACUGGUUUUUCCCUGAGGCUGGUGAACGGAGGGCACCGCUGUCAGGGUCGCGUGGAGGUCCUGUACCAGGGCUCCUGGGGCACCGUGUGUGAUGACAGCUGGGACACCAACGAUGCCAACGUGGUGUGCAGACAGCUGGGCUGUGGCUGGGCCAGGUCUGCUCCAGGAAAUGCCCGGUUUGGUCAGGGUUCAGGACCAAUUGUCCUAGAUGACGUGGCCUGCUCAGGUCAUGAGUCCUACCUGUGGAACUGUCCCCACCGUGGCUGGCUCUCCCACAACUGUGGACACCAUGAGGAUGCAGCAGUCAUCUGCUCAGAUGUACAAACUCCCUUUACAACAGUAGUACCCUUUGUGAAUUGUGGUGGCGUCUUAUACAAUGCCAGUGGGACAUUCUCCAGCCCAUCCUACCCUGGAUACUAUCCCAACAAUGCCCUGUGUGUGUGGCAAAUAGAAGUGCGCUCCGAUUAUCGCAUAGACCUGGGAUUCUACGACCUGCAGUUGGAGGGGUAUAGUCCUUGUAUAGAUUAUGUUGAAAUCUUCGAUGGAUCACUGAAUAGCAAUAAUUCGCUAGGGAGGAUCUGUAACGGCAGCGGGCAAAUAUUCACAUCUUCUAGCAACCGAAUGACCAUUCAAUUCCGAAGUGAUGUCAGUUUCCAAAACACUGGCUUUUUGGCUUGGUAUAACUCCUUUCCAAGAGAUGGCAGCUUGAGAUUGGUCAAUGGAAACUCCUCCUGUGCGGGGCGUGUGGAAGUUUACCAUGACGGCUGGUGGGGGACUGUUUAUGAUGACUCCUGGGGCAUACAGGAUGCACAGGUGGUCUGCAGACAGCUGGGCUGUGGAGAUGCAUUUCAAGCCACAACAAAUGCCUACUUUCACCCUGGCUCUGGCCCUAUCACCCUGGAUGAUGUGGAAUGCUUGGGGAUAGAAACCACUCUCUGGCAGUGCCAGAGCUGAGACUGGUUCUCCCAUAACUGUGGCCGCUCUGAAGAUGCUGGUGUCAUCUGUACAGGAAACUACUCAUCAACAGCAACUGCUUUCCCCAUCACCAGCCGUCCAAACACAAAUUAUUCCUGCGGAGGUUUCCUGUCCCAAUCAUCAGGGCGCUUUUCAAGCCCGUUCUACCCUGGGAACUAUCCCAACAACGCCAGAUGUGUGUGGGACAUUGAAGUUCCAAACAACAACCUUGUCACUAUCAUCUUCACAGAUGUCCAGCUUGAAGGUGGCUGCAGCUUUGAUUAUAUUGAGGUUUUCGAUGGCCCCCACUAUAGUUCCCCUCUCAUUGCUAAGAUCUGUGAUGGGUACAGGGGCUCCUUCAUCUCAACAUCGAACUUCAUGUCAGUUCGCUUCACCAGCGACAUCAGUGUCACACGGAGAGGGUUCCAUGCUGAGUACUACUCCACCUUUACUAAUGACAGCACACAUCUGUUUUGUCUGCCGAAUCACAUGCAAGCCAGUGUGAGCAGGGCCUACCUCCAAUCCCUGGGCUUUUCUGCCAGUGACCUUGUCAUUUCUGCCUGGAACGGGAACUACCAGUGUCAGCCCCAGAUAACCCGGAGUCAUGUGAUAUUCACAAUUCCCUACUUGGGCUGUGGCACCAUCAGGCAGGUCGAUAAUGAAACCAUCAGUUAUUCCAACCUCCUCAAAGCAGCUGUUUCAAAUGGCAUCAUCAAAAGGAGAAAGGACCUCCACAUUCAUGUCAGCUGCAAGAUGCUCCAGAACACCUGGGUCAACACCAUGUACAUCACUAAUGACACCAUUGAGGUCCAGGAAAUCCAGUAUGGCAAUUUCAACGUGAACAUUUCUUUCUUUACCUCCCCCUCCUUCUUAUAUCCUGUGACUCAUAGCCCAUACUAUGUGGACCUGGAUCAGAAUUUGUAUGUUCAGGCUGAAAUCCUCCAUUCUGAUGCCUCCCUGGCCUUAUUUGUGGACACUUGUGUGGCUUCACCAUACCCCAAUGACUUCUCAUCAUUGACUUAUGAUCUCAUCCGGAGAGGGUGCAUAAGGGAUGAAACCUUUCAAGUCUACUCCCAACCAUCUCCCCGGAUUGUCCGAAUGAAAUUCAAAUCCUUCCACUUCCUGAACCGCUUCCCCUCAGUGUACCUGCAGUGUAAACUGGUGGUGUGCAGAGCGUAUGACUACUCUUCCCGGUGCUACAGAGGCUGUGUGGUGAGAUCCAAGAGAGAUGUGGGCCCCUACCAGGAAAAAUUGGAUGUAAUCCUGGGACCCAUCCAGCAGCAGGUUCCCCCUGAGGAGAAGAGGAGCCUGGACCUGGUGGUGGCAGAAGUGGAGAAGCUGGGAAGUUCGCAGCAGGGGAGCUCUCAGAACCCUGCCAUUGCUGCAGGGGUCUUCCUGGCCUUGGUCCUGGCUGUGGCAGCCUUCACACUGGGGAGGACACGCAGCACCAGUGGCUGUCUCCCAAGCACAGGGAUGUGA